ACUCCAGCGCGAGUCCACCCCGCCGACGCUACGCGCUACGCGCUACGCGCCGGACCCUCUGCCCGGAGUGCACCGCGGCAUCGCGCCGGAGCCCACCUUCAUCGCCGAGCUGAAAAUGGGCUGGGCCGUCUGCACGCCCACCGUCAUAUACAACGCCUUCCGCCUGCAGAAGCGAGCCAAGAAGAGCCACAAGGACUACAGCUGCGCCGCCUCGGCCGCGGCCACGGCCAGCUUGUCCAACGCGGCGUCGACGCGGUCGACACACGCCCCUGCCGAGACGCAGAGCGCGCAGAACACUCUGAGCCGCAGCCUGAGCACGGAUGAUAGCAGCAGCGAGAACAACAGCUCCGUGUUCACCCAGGAUGAGGACAUGCAGUACCAACUGGAUUUAAUGGAUCAGCGAGACCGCGAGCACCGCUGCCCCUGCGGAUGCCCUGGCCAGAACUUCCACGAGGAGAGGGACUCCAUCAGGAUGAGGACCAAGGAGAUCCUGACCCGCAACGGGGCGCAUGUCGACACCGUGGACCGUGCCUUCGGUUUCGAGGUUCUUCGGCACCAGGGCCGACACUACUGUCCAGAAGAUAUUGCUCCUGUCUGGAAGAAGGACUGCCGAACAUGGCUGUGGAAGUCCAAUGAGAAGCCAAAGCGAAUACAGCUUAGUGACAAGGAUCGUCGCAGUUCCUAAGCUACGGAAAAAUUGAAAAGUGAUAGGUCCACAAAGUUUAGAAAAAUGCUCAGCUUUACUUUGUGUAAGAGACUGAUACACUGAACCAAUAUUGUCAGUGGAAAAUUAUCACUAAAUUAAGCACUUAGAUAGUACUGUUGCAUUUUAAGAGAAAGAUUUGAGUUUAAAUCAUUUACUUCUAAUGCCAAAGUGAUUUUCUAUCUGAAUCAAUGGGCAUAAGAAUAAUUAUCAAUAAUGGUUAGUUAAGUGGUUUUAACAUGCUCCAUCUACUGGGGGGAAUAAUUAUCUAGUCAAAGUACAUAUUUACCAUAUUCAUGCAUUUAUGUACAGUUAGGUGCCAACUAGAAAACAUGCUAAUAAGUGGCUUCCACCACCAACAAAUAAAUUUGUUAGUAUGCUUGGACAAGCAAGCGAUAAUGAACUUAAAAUCAAUAUAGUGUGUUGUGAAGUUAGAAAGGAUUUUUAAAGGAGCAAAAUUUGAAAUUUUAUGAUAAAAAAUACUGAUCUAGGUCUCUAUGAGAUAUUAAGUUAAGAAAAAUUAACUUUUAACUUUUGUUUCCAAUGUGAUUUGUUGGGUAUUGAUAUGUUUAUCCAAUCUCUAGCAAUAACUUCUCUUCAGAGAACAUAAUUGUUCAGCCACAGUACCCGUGGAAAAGAAAAAUAUGUAACAAAAACAAAGGAACUGAGAGAAUUGUGUGUCAUUGAAUCAAAAUUGCUUUGUUCAGUGUACCAAUAGCACAUUUUACAUUACAAACCGUUUUCUUUUUGAAAUAGUGUAGCAAGGCUUUGUGUCUGUGAGCUCUUUUGAUAAUAGUCCAAAAUUCAGUUCAUCAUAAGUUGUGAAAGACUGUCAUUGUUAAAUUUAUAUGCUAAAAUACCAUGUAUAUUUUUAGGACACUAAAUUAGAAUGGCCUUUACCAGCACAUGUUAAAAGAAAGUCCUGAGUCCAGGUAUUUAUUCAAUAUAUUAAAGUCACGUUGCAAAAUUGUACUGAUGUUAUGUACCAUCAAAAUAUCAAUUCUUUAUGUUUUUUGGUGUGCAAGCUGUAUAUAUGUAUGAGCAAAGAAAAUAGACUGUGUGUAUUUUGAUAAA